AUGACCGCAACCGCCGAGGGCUCCGGCCUCAAAAACCGCAAAGCCAACAACACAGACAGCAACACCAAUGAGUCCCUCCUCGAUACAGUAGAACACAAGGCCGCAGCCCUCGAACACAAAAUCGAACGCGCCCUCCUCAUCCUCUGGGACGACCUCCCCCACUGGCGCCGCGACAACGCCUUCAUCAUCUCCGGCUACCGCCCAGACUCAAACUCCUACCUCGGCUCCUUCAAAAGCCUGGGCUACCUCCACAACGAGUCCGUCAACAUCUGGUCCCACCUCCUCGGCGCCGUCGCCUUCCUCUUCGGCGGGGCGUUCCUGUACACCGUCAUCGCCCCCCGCUAUGAGUCCGCAUCGGCCGCCGACCUCUUCGUCUUCGCCUGCUUCUUCGCCGGCGCCGUGGCCUGCCUCGGCAUGUCCGCCACCUACCACGCCCUCUGCAACCACUCCCCCGAGGUCGCGAAAUGGGGCAACAAGCUGGAUUACUCGGGCAUCGUGUUCCUCAUCGUCGGCAGCUACGUGCCGGCUCUGUACUACGGCUUCUUCUGUCACACCAACUUGAUGAAGGUCUACCUCAGCACGAUUGUCCUUCUAGGCCUCGGCUGCGGCAUGGUCUCCUGGCUCGAGCACUUCCGCACGCCUCAGUACCGCACCUUCCGCGCCUGCAUGUUCGUCGCCCUCGGCACCUCAGGCGUCGUGCCCGUCAUACACGGCCUGACCGUGUACGGCCGGGCGGAGAUGGAGAACCGCAUGAGCCUGAGCUGGGUAGUCCUGCACGGCGCAAUGUACAUCUUUGGCGCGUUCUUGUACGCCGCGCGCUGGCCAGAGCGUAGUUAUCCCCGCACCUUUGACAUCUGGGGCAGCUCGCACCAGAUCUUCCACUUCUUCGUGGUCCUCGCAGCGGCGACGCAUUUGUACGGCAUGGCGAAGGCGUUUGACUACCACCACACCGUCAUGGGGUCUCAGUGUUAA